CGGCCCUGUUGCGGGCGAAACCAAACUCGGAUGGCACCCAAGAAGCGACCGGCAGCGAAGAUCGAAUCGAAGAUCUCCAUCACUGGUGGGAGCUACAUUGAGGAACAUGGUCUCAAAGAAUUGCUGGAGAAAGUCUUAUCCGAGAUUGAGGAGAAAAAGCCCAGUGAUCCAUUGAAGGCCCUACACACUUUGCUAGAAGAGACAUGUGGAGCAAAGAAAGUCAAGAAGGACUCUGCCUCUUGGACCGCCUUUCCUUCGCCGGGCGAAGCCGUGUGGCGCCAGGAAGCACAGGCCAGAGCCCGCCUAGUCAUGGAGGGCACCUUCCCUGGCAAGGCUGAGAUCGUUUGCAACGGCCACGAGCCACGGAGAUUCCCGGUGGAUCCCAAGGAUACGGCUCUGGUCCUGAUCGACAUGCAGUGGGACUUCUUGGAGCCCACGGGCCGCGUCGGUCAGCACUAUUCAGACCUCACAUCGGUGCGUUCCGGCAUGGACGGCUGUGAGAAACUCUUGGAACUCUGUCGCGAGAACGGCUUCACCAUUGCACACAGCCGGUCCCAUCGCUAUGGAACACUGGUGAAAUCAGAGUUGGUGGGCACAGAUGAUGAAGGCUAUGAGCUCCAUCCCCGCUUCCGUGCACGAGAGGGGGAGAUCGUCGUAGAUAAGUGGACCUAUGGUGCCUUUGCAUCCACCCACUUGGAAAGGGAGCUCAUGGCUCGCGGCGUGAAACGAAUUUUGUUGUGUGGUGUGUUGACCAACGUUUGUGUUUUUGCGACCGCAUCACAAGCCGUGGAUCGCCUCAUUUCGGUGUGUUUGGUGGAAGACGCGUGUGCUGCCUUCAGCUUUGAUUGGCAUAAGAAGGCCUUGGGCCUGAUCAACGAGCCCCAAAUCCAGCCGGGUCACAAGCGCGGCGUGGGGCUCUACUUCGGCGAGAUCACGCAGGUGGAAAAGGUUGAGGCGGCCUUGAAAGACAUGAAGGAGUGAGAAAACAACCUGAGGCGAAGCGGCGGGCUAGCAGCAUUUGACCUUGCUGUUUUUUUUCUAUCUUUAAGAUCUAUACAGAAUCUUUUGACGCCUUACUUCGCCUGCAUCUGCGAGAAGGAAAACAUGGAUUCCAGACCUGAAAA